AUGUGUUACAAGGGCAAAUGUUUACAUUGCAUCGAAGUGGAGACGGGUUCGCUCAUCUGGGCUAUUUUUAAUGUGAUCCUGACGGGAUUGGCGUGUCUGAUAUGUAUUGGUGUCUUUAUCUAUAUAAACGUGAUGGUGAAAGACGUACAUUUCGAGGAAUCAAUGGAUGGUUAUACCGUUUUAGCAGUUGGUGUAUCCAACCUUAUAUUAAUGGUAGUGCUAGCAUUUAGUGCUAUUGAGUUCAUGUUCACGAUGUUCUUGCUUGUGGGCGUCAUCAAAAAACACGUGGGGUAUGUGAAGGCAUACUUCGUUUAUGGUGUGGUUAAAAUUAUUAUUGGUUCCCUCAGCCUCAUUGGUGUCUUCAUAAAUAUUAGUGAUUAUCCAGCGUUAUUUGCAAUUGUUUUGUUUUAUGUGUUCCACUGUUUGGUACUGCUGAUGGUUCGCAACACGUACUUGAAGUUCGACGAGGGUUCAAUUAUCCAGCAAUAUAUGCACAAGCCCCUUGUUUAA